AAAUUGUUAUUUCGACGCAGGGCGUGGAUGAGGUAUUAAAACCAGUCAUCUAGCGCUCCUUUCUACAGGUCCUAGCUAUCAAUUACCGCCAGCGCCAGCAACAUGAACGUCCUGGAAUGGGCUUUCGGCAAGCGUAUGACGCCGGCCGAGCGUCUUCGCAAAAACCAGCGACUCCUCGACAAGGCUAUCCGAGAACUGGACCAACAGCGCGUCAAGCUCGAGAAGCAAGAAAAGACACUUGUCUCCCAGAUUCGCCAGAGCGCUCAGAAGGGCCAGAUGGGUGCUUGCAAGAUCCAGGCCAAGGACUUGGUGCGGACACGACGAUACAUCGAAAAGUUUUACAGCAUGAGGAGUCAACUCCAAAAGAUCUCACUUCGCUUACAAACAUACCGUACAAAUGAGCAGAUGAUGCAAGCCAUGAAGGGCGCGACGAUGGCUCUCGGAAGCAUGAACCGCACAAUGAACCUACCCUCGUUGCAACGUAUAGCUAUGGAGUUUGAGCGCGAGAACGAUAUUAUGGAACAACGACAGGAGAUGAUGGAUGAUGCUAUCGACGAUGCAAUGGAUAUGGGUCUUGAAGAAGAGGGUGAUGAGGUUGUAGAGCAAGUGCUGGAGGAGAUUGGCGUAGAUCUCAGUCAAGCGAUGGGCGAGACACCAUCGGGCCUACAGGUUGCGGCUGUCCCGGAGAACAAAGUCGCCCAAGCAGUGGGUGGUGGGGGUGGGGGUGGUGGAGCCGACCCAGGCGACGACGACUUGCAGGCAAGGUUGGACAGUCUGAGACGAUGAACGAACUUGGAAACCAUAGACUGGAAGCUGUACAAAGGGUUGAACUUGGACGAAGAUGCUCAAGCUUCUAUGCUCCCCUCCCUGGGAUGGGAAUGGCUCUUCAAGCUUGCCGGUUUCUUGAUGCAUCCACGACUCUGAGAGGGCGAUAUGGUUAG